AUGUCAUUCAGGGGUCCUCAAAAUAGUGGUUUCUCGAAUAUGAAUCCGAAUAAUGUCAGUUAUAAUAGUGGUUUGCGCAACGGUGGUUAUCAGAAUGCUGCCAAAUAUGGUAAAAAGGGAUUCAGUACUGCAAAGUUGGAUUUCCAAAAAGCUGAUCAACUCAUUGAUAAAUGGUUGAAGCCGUUAGAAAAAUUAAAUGAGACGCCAUUGUUUAUGAAGGUUAAACCGUAUAUUCCUAACAUUGCACAAUUCUUCAUUGUGGCAACUUUUUAUGAGGACACUUUAAGAAUCUGCACACAAUGGAGUGAUCAAGUUUUUUAUUUGAAUCAAUGGAAGCAUUAUCCGUACUUCUUUGUUGUGUUAUUUCUUUCAAUUGUUAGUUUAUCUAUGUUUGGUGCAGCCACAUUGUUGAUCUUGAAGAAACAUACUAUCUAUGCCACUGGUGUAUUAUGUGCCUCCAUUGCUCUGCAAUCUUUAGUCUAUGGUCUAUCCACUGGUUCUUCGUUCAUCUUAAGGAACUUCAGUGUCAUUGGUGCUUUGUUAAUUAACUUUAGUGACUCUAUUGUCAACAAUAAAGUCACUUUCCAAAUGUUACCUGAAUUAAACAACAGAAACGAGAAAAAUAAAGGAUACUUGUUGUUAGCAGGCAGAAUGUUGAUUGUUUUGAUGUUCAUUGGAUUCACAUUCAGUAAAUCGUGGUUCACUGUGCUUUUCACAAUCGUAUUCACUGCUUUCUUUGCUAUCGGUUACAAAACAAAAAUAUCCUCGAUCAUGCUAGUCUUAAUUCUCGCAUUAUACAAUAUAACAGUCAACAAUUACUGGUUCCACGAUGCUUCCCAAAGAGAUUUUUUGAAAUACGAAUUUUUCCAAAACUUAAGCAUUAUCGGUGCCUUAUUACUGGUGACAAAUACAGGUGCUGGUGAAAUUUCCAUCGAUAGUAAAAAGAAGAUAUAUUAG